AUUUAUGGUAAAAUUUAUUGAAUCAAUGAGAGUUGAUUGUUAUCCAUUUUGUACGUGUGGUAUUUUUAUAUUAUCACAAUAUGGUAAUACUGUUUUAUCUGUGUAAUUUGUGAAAUUUUAUAAUUUUAAUGAAAUAAGUAAAUCUCACAUGUAAAUCUCAGUUAUACUUUAUUAAAAUAUAAAUUUUUUAUACCAUAUGCAUAAAGUAUAUUCGAAAGAAAAUAAAAUAUAGGUUAUGAAACAAUUGACGACAUCAAUAUUUUUAGUACAAUUUUAGCAUAUAAACCUCAAUUGAGAGUAUUGUAUUUAGAAUUUGUAUAUUUCUUCAGAAUGAAACUUGCAAACAAAUUUACUUUUAUAUUAAGUCAUGUGUUUGCAUUUAUCUUAAUUGUUCAUUGCGAACAUGAAAAUGAGAACUUCUUUGAAGAUAUAAGUAUUCAAAGAAAUGAAGUUAAGAACGAACUGUCACCUUAUAAACCUGUAAUCAAUCAUUGUAAUCAAGAAGCAAUCUUUUAUAAGCGUCUUAUUAAUUUAUUAUUAUCGAAUAUUCGCAUAGAGGAUGAGAAUGAAGUUUUAAUAAAAGGAUCAAUACAGAUUGAAGUAUCCCAUUCACAGUUAGAAAUACUCAAAAAUUUUCAUGUUCAAAAAACAUCUCUAAGAGAAAUUGAUGAAAUUUUGAGUAAUAUAAUACAGCAGCCUCAUUAUAAUUAUAUGUUUGGAGUUAUAUACAUGUGUGAUGUAUUACACAAAGGUUUUCAAACAAUACUUAAGACAGUACAAGAACAUCCAGAUGGUGCUAUAAUUAUAUUUAUAAUGUUAAUAAUUUGUUUCACAUUUAAAAUGCUAAGACGGGGGCAAAGACUACCCAUUUUUUAUAUCAUACAAAUUAUUCUUGUUUUGAGCUUUUUUAUGACUUGGUGGCAACUCUUAAAGUAUAUAUUAUUUUGAUACGUUAAAGAAUAUUCUAAAAUAUUAUUGUUAUUGUUGCAUAGUUAAUGACGAUUGUGAGAAAUAUUAUCAAACAAUAAUGUCUAAUCCAAAACUAAAAGUUACACCUGCAUUUGCAUUAUCACAUUUCAUUUCUACUAUCAUACUUCAUCCAGUUUCACACAUAGGAACUGCUGUAUCUGAUUUCGUAAGUAAUGCUACAGAUAAUCUGCCAUGGAUAUAUGGAUGGAUUAUAAGAUGUAUACUGUUUUUAAGUGUAGGUAUUGUUAUAGUAAUGAUACCAUUUGUUCUGUCUGGCGCAUCAUUUAAUUUAGCCUUGGGACCAUUAUUCAAAUUUGGAAUUAGUCAUGAGAGAAAAAAUGAAAAAGGUAAUUCAUUACGAAGUCUAGAAAACCGCGAACCUGUACAAGUAAUUCUUCAGGUGUCUCAUGGUACCGACGUACGGAAAAUACAAGACAUGCCGAAAGUCAAACAAUCGAUCACUCCUCCAGUUUUAAAAGAUUGCGAAGAAGAAACUACUGCGAUAGAUAAUAUUCAGGAAAGUUACGAUGAUCUAUCUUGCGGUGAUACAAUAAAAACUAAUAAGUUAACAAACGAUCAUGACGAAAAACUUAAUAAAUCUAAAAAUAUAGAUACAACAACAAUAGAAAAUAAAGAUGGAAGAGGAGAUGGUUGAUAUUUAUUGAUAUGUUUUAUUAAUCUGUUUUUUAAUAUUUACAUAUAAAUUAUUGAUAUUUAAAUUAAUAUUGGAUAAUAUUGAAUUUUUUGGAGAGUUUUUAUUAAUUCUCUAACUAGUAUUUUCAGUUUAUCAGGUAUAAAGAAUUGUUUUAGUGUUAUUUACAUUUAUUUUGUUUAUAAUUAAUAAUAUUCUGCAGCUAUAAUAUUAAUAAUAUUCUGCAGUCAUUAUAUAAUAUUCUGCAGCUAAAACGAUAUUUAAUGUGCUUACAACAUUUUGUAACAAUAUUUAUAUUAUAUGUUCGCACUGCUUUAAUUAUAAUUCUGAUAUUUAAAUAUAUAUAUAUGCUUUCAUAAAGAUGCAACGUUUAUUUUACAAAUUCUAUGCAAUUUAAUAGAUUUUAUCAAAGAAAAAAAUAUUAAUGCAAAUUGAGCAGAAUGAACAACAAAGAAAUUAUUAA